GCUUACUUGUUAUAACAAUUUACUCUGGCUAUUCUUCAAUAAUGUGACCUUAAACUUAUAAACGCCCCUAUUUAGUUCUGCUACGUAAAGCUUGUAAUGAAUACCUUAAAAAAAUAUAUUUGUAAUUAUGUAUCCCAGAUGUAGAUUAUUACCUAUUCUUUAUAUACUCACUACUACCACUGACAGCGUACAUAACCGUUAAUUAUGCAAUCGCAGGUAGAUUUAAAAAAAAUAUAUGCUUUCGGUAUGCUUUCGGCGGACCUACGGUGGUAUAAAUUCUCGGUACAUUCACCUCCGCAACGCAUUAUCAAUUCUUCUGUUAAAGUAAACGAACUAUCGAACAGAACAACGAAAAGCUCCGAAAAUUACUUGUAACAGUUAACAUUAGCACUAUCGACAAAAAAAUAAAAAAAAUCAUAGCAAUGUCCAGCAAACAGCAAUCCACUCCCGGUACCUCGCUCACCUACGACGUCUUCAUGCAUUUGGAGGAGCUGCGGCGUCCAACUCAGCAGCCACUGCGUCUGAACCAAUCGAAAGUGGCGCUGACCACGCACCUCAUCACCGAAAACAUACAGAAUAUACAAAAGUGCAGCAACGCCGAUUUGAAGGCCAUCACACGGGAGCUGCAAUUCAAGGAGCAGUUGCGCAAGCAAAUCAGCAGCUUGAAAGCGGCAGCAAAGCAGAGUCCAAAACGCAAUCCACUUAAAAGCGAGAAGAGAACGCAGAGCUAACAGCAAGCAGGGUUGCUUAGUUGUUAGCAUAGAAGUAGUUAAUAAGUGGUUCCUUUUGAUUGAAGAGUGGCUCUUUUUAGUAUGCGGAACUAGUCCAUUUUGCAUGCAAUGUAUUUUGUUUUAGGAAAAUUAAUAAAUAGUCAAAAAUAAAUUUAAAGUCAAAAA